GAAUUUCGCACUUCCGAUCCUCGUCUUCUUCUUGGGUGAAACUCUCGAACAGCAGACGAUCAAAAAGAUGCGUGAGGUACUUUCUAUCCAUGUUGGACAGGCCGGGUGUCAAAUCGGCAACUCCUGCUGGGAGCUCUACUGUCUAGAGCACGGCAUUCAGCCAGACGGCCUGAUGCCCUCGGACGAGACCAUCGGCGGAGGCGACGACUCCUUCAACACCUUCUUCUGCGAGACGGGCGCAGGAAAACACGUCCCUCGCGCCGUGUUCGUGGACCUAGAGCCGUCCGUGAUUGACGAGGUUCGUACGGGCACCUACCGCCAGCUGUUCCACCCCGAGCAACUCAUCACGGGUAAGGAAGACGCCGCCAACAACUACGCCCGCGGCCACUACACGGUCGGGAAGGAGCUGGUGGACCAGGUGGUGGACCGCGUCAGGAAGCUGGCCGACCAGUGCACCGGGCUCCAGGGAUUCCUGGUGUUCCGAUCGUUCGGCGGAGGAACCGGGUCCGGAUUCGCGUCUCUGCUGAUGGAGCGACUCUCCGUGGACUACGGGAAGAAGUCGAAGCUGGAAUUCUCCGUGUACCCUGCCCCGCAGAUCGCCACUGCGGUGGUGGAGCCGUACAACUCCAUCCUGACAACCCACACCACUCUGGAGCACUCGGACUGUGCCUUCAUGGUGGACAAUGAGGCCAUCUACGACAUCUGCCGCAGGAACCUCGACAUCGAGAGGCCCAGCUACACCAACCUGAAUCGACUCAUUAGUCAGAUUGUCUCCUCCAUCACGGCCUCCCUCCGUUUUGAUGGAGCUCUGAAUGUGGAUCUAACCGAGUUCCAGACCAACCUGGUGCCUUACCCUCGCAUCCACUUCCCCCUCGUCACCUAUGCCCCCAUCAUUUCAGCAGAGAAGGCAUACCACGAGCAGUUGACGGUUUCAGACAUCACCAAUUCCUGCUUUGAGCCGGCUAACCAGAUGGUAAAGUGCGACCCUCGCCACGGCAAGUACAUGGCUUGCUGUCUCCUGUACCGCGGAGACGUGGUCCCCAAGGACGUGAACGCCGCCAUCAGCAACAUCAAAACCAAGCGCACCAUCCAGUUCGUGGACUGGUGUCCCACUGGAUUCAAAGUUGGCAUCAACUACCAAGCUUCUACAACAGUCCCCGGAGGAGACCUUGCUAAGGUCCAGCGCUCAGUUUGCAUGUUGUCCAACACCACAGCCAUCGCUGAAGCCUGGGCUCGUCUCGAUCACAAGUUCGACCUCAUGUACGCCAAGCGUGCCUUCGUCCACUGGUACGUGGGGGAGGGUAUGGAGGAGGGAGAGUUCUCCGAGGCUCGCGAGGAUCUGGCUGCCCUCGAGAAAGACUACGAGGAGGUCGAACUUGUGAUCGAGACGAGCCCAGGCCUCGGCGAUGGCUGUGGUGUUGGACAACAUGCAAACACAGCGUUGGACCUUGGCCAAGUCUCCUCCGGGAACAACAGUUGGACGUUGGUAGUUGAUGCCAACUUUGAAUCCAGUGGGACACCAGUCCACGAACUGGAUGGUGCGCUUGGUUUUGAUGUUGCUGAUGGCGGCGUUCACGUCCUUGGGGACCACGUCUCCGCGGUACAGGAGACAGCAAGCCAUGUACUUGCCGUGGCGAGGGUCGCACUUUACCAUCUGGUUUGCCGGCUCAAAGCAGGAAUUGGUGAUGUCUGAAACCGUCAAUUGCUCGUGGUAUGCCUUCUCUGCUGAAAUGAUGGGGGAGUAGGUGACGAGGGGGAAGUGGAUGCGAGGGUAAGGCACCAGGUUGGUCUGGAACUCGGUUAGAUCCACAUUCAGAGCUCCAUCAAAACGGAGGGAGGCCGUGAUGGAAGAGACGAUUUGGCCAAUCAAUCGAUUCAGGUUGGUGUAGCUGGGCCUCUCGAUGUCGAGGUUCCUGCGGCAGAUGUCGUAGAUGGCCUCAUUGUCCACCAUGAAGGCACAGUCCGAGUGCUCCAGAGUGGUGUGGGUUGUCAGGAUGGAGUUGUACGGCUCCACCACCGCAGUGGCGAUCUGCGGGGCAGGGUACACGGAGAAUUCCAGCUUCGACUUCUUCCCGUAGUCCACGGAGAGUCGCUCCAUCAGCAGAGACGCGAAUCCGGACCCGGUUCCUCCGCCGAACGAUCGGAACACCAGGAAUCCCUGGAGCCCGGUGCACUGGUCGGCCAGCUUCCUGACGCGGUCCACCACCUGGUCCACCAGCUCCUUCCCGACCGUGUAGUGGCCGCGGGCGUAGUUGUUGGCGGCGUCUUCCUUACCCGUGAUGAGUUGCUCGGGGUGGAACAGCUGGCGGUAGGUGCCCGUACGAACCUCGUCAAUCACGGACGGCUCUAGGUCCACGAACACGGCGCGAGGGACGUGUUUUCCUGCGCCCGUCUCGCAGAAGAAGGUGUUGAAGGAGUCGUCACUUGCGCCGAUGGUCGCGUCCGAGGGCAUCAGGCCGUCUGGCUGAAUGCCGUGCUCUAGACAGUAGAGCUCCCAGCAGGCGUUGCCGAUUUGACACCCGGCCUGUCCAACGUGAACGGAGAUCACCUCACGCAUCUUGGAUCGUUUGGCGGAGUAGAAUCUGGCGUUUUCUGGGGGGAAAGAGAAGGAAUGGGCUGAACAGACAAGCAGCGAAGCAGUAACGGUUACUUCAGCUUGUCGAAUGAGAGAAAUGCGGUUUGCGGUCGAGUU